GAAGCGCAAAUAAGCGCAGUUUAAAAGCUUCAGUUGGUUUUUACACUGACUUGUUGCUUUCAGUUUCCUUUACCAUUUCCACGGUCGAAUUUCGAGUGUUUGUGGGGUUCAUAAUCAAGAUGCUGCCGCAGAGGUUGAAGAAGGCUAUAACGGAUAAUCCAAAGAAGCUUGGGAAUUUGAUUGACCUCGUGAAUCUUCCAUCUACUCUACGGGAGUUCGUUGGUCAAUCUCAGAUUUCCCGUCUGGGUUGUUUCAUGCGUGUCUGGUCCUAUAUCAAGACCAACAAUCUUCAGGAUCCUAAGAACAAGAAUGUGGUAAUUUGUGAUGAGAAGCUCAAGAGCAUUUUGCUUGGAAAGCAGCGAGUGGAGCUUGUCGAGCUUCCUUCUCUUAUCAAGUUGCAUUUUCCCAAAGAACCAAAGUAGAAUUGUCAUAAUAUGUAACAGAGUUCAACAUUGGCUUCUUUUGGGUCGUUUGUUCUGUGAUGCUUAAAGAUAUAUGAUUGAUGAUACUUAUAAGUUAUGAAUUCUGGAUUCAUCUCCAUUUCUGCUUUCUUAUGUAAAACAUCAAGAGAACAUCUUUUGGUACUUACACUUCCACGAUAUAGUGGGAAAAAUUGGUUCUUUUACAACAAUAUGGAAGCUUGAUUCAAAUAAUAUCAAGCAACCUGA